AUGGAGAAACUUGCCUUUGCAUUAGUAACAGUAGCUCGCAAGCUCAAGCCAUACUUUCAAGCCCAUACAGUGAACGUUCUGACCGAUAAACCCUUACGAUGGGCGAUGAGCAAUCCUGAAGCUGCGGGUCGACUAGCGCUAUGGGCAAUAGAGUUGAGUGAGUUUGAUAUCCAGUAUUGCCCACGGACUGCCAUCAAAGGACAGGUUGUCUCGGACUUUAUAGCAGAGUUCACUCACGACAAAGACAAGGGGGCAGAAAAGUCCCCUCAUUGGAGCAUAUAUACAGACGGGUCAUCCAACAGACAAGCCGGGGGGGCCGGCAUCGUACUACUGUCGCCCAAAAGGGACAUGGUUAAGUUAAAUGGAGACUAUGAGUGCAAGGGCGAAAGGAUGAAGAGGUACCUUGAUCAAGUAAGGAAAAGAGUAGACGAUCUAGAGACCAAAAUCGUCCAAAUCCCCAAAGGAGAAAAUGAGCAAGCUGAUCGUCUUGCCAAGACCAUUUCAGCAGAACAUAUUAUCGUCCUUGGUAAUGUACUCUCUUUUGUUCAGAUUUCUCCACUAAUAGAUGCCAACGAUGUACAGGAGAUUGGCUUUGAGAGUAACUGGACCACACCGUUGGUUUCGUACUUAAAGAAUGGCGUCUUGCCAGAUGAGAAGGAAGUCACGAGAAAGCUGAAGGUCCAGGCAGUAAGAUUCGUCUUGAUAAAAGAUAUCUUGUAUAAAAAAGGUUUCUCCCGUCCAUAUCUGAGAUGCUUGGGUAAGGAAGAAGCGGACUACGUCAUGAGGGAGGUACACGAGGGGAUUUGCGGAAACCAUUCGGGGUCAAAGUCAUUACUGCACAAGCUUGUGCGAGCAGGGUACUAUUGGCCCACCAUGCAGAAGGAUGCCGAGGCUUAUGUUAAGACCUGUGACAAAUGCCAAUGGUUCAGCAAUAUUAUUAGACAACCAACCGAAGAGUUGACCCCGAUGACGGCCCUAUGGUCGUUCGCUCAGUGGGGAUUAGAUAUUGUGGGACCAUUCCCUACAGUAGUACGGCAGCUGAAGUUCCUGAUAGUAGGCAUCGACUACUUUACAAAGUGGGUGGAAGCUGAAACUUUGGCCACCAUUACGGAAAAGAACGUACGGAGUUUUGUCUGA